CGAACUGGCAAUCAAACCUGUUCUCGACAGGUGUCAGACACGGAAGAAGCCCAAGACAAACAAGGAGACAGAGAUCAGUUCCGAUACAUGUAGAUUUAUUUUUCAAAUUUCCAGGGUUGGUCUGUUUGUCGAUUAUUAAUCAGACGAGAUUAUAUUUAUUGUUUUGAUGGAUACAUCAACCGCCGCAAUGAGAUUGAUCCUGGCCGCGGUUUUUGUAUUUUCCUUUACCUCAGAGGUCCAGUGUGUCCAGGUGGUAAUCGCCCAGCCACAGGUGAGUUCGACCCUGUUCGCCUCGAUCAUCCUGAAGUGUGACUACUCCACGUCUGUUAGCCAGCAGAACGUCCUGCUCACCUGGACCUACAAGUCCUUCUGCGAGGACCCGGUUCUGAACUACUACUCCACAGCGUACCAGGCUGCUCUGCAGAUAGGUCAGGACCCGACUAACGACUGUCCGGACAGCAAGCGCAUAGUGAGGGUCGUGGUCCAGAAGCAGGGCUCCAACACAGCCAUUCUGGGGUCAGAGUACACACAUCGCAAGAUAUCCAUUCAGAACAACGCUGACCUGGUGAUAAAUGAGGUCAUGUGGUGGGACAAUGGGGUCUAUGAGUGUGCUGUCAAUGCGGCUGGAGACACCAGUGGGAACCCUGUGGGCGUGGUGAAAUUCAUCGUCUACAACUGGCUGACAGUGCUGCUGAUUAUCAUCGGGGCUCUGCUUCUGCUCAUGUUGUUCAGUAUCUGCUGCUGCCAGUGCUGUCCCCAGAAGUGCUGCUGUUAUGUCCGCUGUCCCUGCUGCCCACAGACAUGCUGCUGUCCUGAGAAAGCGGUGAGGCGUCACAGGAUGAUGAAGGCCAUGAUGUCAGGUCAACCUGGCUACGGACCCCUGAGCCACGCCUCUUCACAGAUGAACCCUCUACUUUAUGCAGGUUCCCAAUCAGGGAAGAGUCUCGCCAUGGCCCCUUUGCCCCUCCCCCAUCCCAUGUCUGGCUACAGCAUGCCCCCCAGUGUCCAUGGCAACGGGAGCAUCUACGGUGGCCCGCAGCCCGGCGCCAACCAGAUGCUGGAUUACCUGGAGAACCAGGUCAGGGGCAUGGACAUGACCAGCCCCAUGAUGUACCCUGACCACCAGCAGAUGCAGAUGAUGCCCCCGCCCCCACCGCCGCACAUGAUGCCCCAGCAUGUCCCCUUCUCGGCCGGCCCGCCCAGCAUGCUCUCCGGCCUGGACGAUGGCCACAUGGAGCGCCGGGUCAUCCAGAUGCCUCCCAUCAUAGCCCAGCCCAGAGGAUCAGGGCGCAGAGGCCCACCGCCGGCCCCCAAAACCAGGCCUCCGAGCUCUGCCUCUAGCAACCGCAGCGAGAGCCGUUUCUCCAACCGCCACGAUGACCGCAGCGAGGCCGGUGGGCGCCGUUACCCGUCACCCACGAGGAGCCGCAGCAUGAGGAGGAGCUACAGCGAGGAGUUCCUGGACGGAGAGGGCCGCGGGGCACGUGGGAGGAUGGGUUCUGAUGACCUCAGCAUCCGGGCGCCUCGCUCUCGUUCCAGAGACGACCUGUUCGACGACCGCCGCGCCCCCCCACCUAGCAACUACUCCCGCUCUCGCCGAGGGUCCUUCAGUUCAGAUGAGGACAGCAGGGUGGGGGGCAGAAGUGGCAGGGCAGGUGGAGGGUAUUCAGACAACCCUCCCAGCUACAUUGAGUACGAGCCCGGGCAGAAACCACCCAGAAGAAAGGAACGUUACUCUGCCAAAACGCUGCUUUAGUUAGUACACUGAACACGCAACACUGACCGAUCCCCUUCAAAUGCAUUUGCAAUCUGACAAAUGCGGUUGAGCCAUGCCUCAAUGCUCAAAAUCAUGUAAAUAGAUCAUAUAAACAGAAAAGUCACAGACACAUGGAAUCUUUUAAAAAAGCACUGCGGUGAUCUGAUGGCCGGCAGGACUUUCCUACAUCCUAAUGUUGAAUGGUACUACAACCACCCCCUCUGCUGGUUGAAUAAUGUAAAUGCAGACACAAAAUCAAUCGUGUCUAUCUCUUGUGCAAAAAAAAGCUGUUGAUGAGGUACAAUAGUCAGUUGGUCAGUCAGUUAAGCCAAAGCAGUUGAAGAGUUCUGUAUUGGGAAAUCAGAGACCAGAGUAAAGGUUUGGCAGAGCUAAGAAAGUGCUUUCCCCCCCCAUCCGAACUCCAUCAGUCUCCCCAUCUUGUAUUAUCCAAAUGAAGAAAGGACAAUAGAAGUGAUUAGCUAACAAAAGCAAAUUAUGCCUGUCAAAAUGCCAUCCAUCGUGUGUGUGUUUGUGCGUGCGUGGCCAGAAAGCAAAGUGUGUGUGUAUAAUUAGCCUUUCAUAUUCUUUCUCUUCUGUGAUUGCUUAGUCCUUUUUUAUACAGGUUAUAAAUAGUUUGUAUUGUGCAGAUUGUAAGCACACUGUGGAUAUCAUUGACAUAAAAAGAUUAUAUGUGAAGUAGGCAUCUACUGUAUAUACUAAGUUUAAAAUGAGCACUGUGUGACAUGACAAUCAUUUUGCAUUUAUGGAGUUUUCCUACAGAGCAAACCCACAAGCACCUUGGGGUAAAAGAUUAUCAGAGAUCAGAACUCGUGUCUGUCAUGAUAGCAUACUUUAUAAAAGGCUCUAUUAUACACAGAACAGAAAUACAAAUUCAAUAUAUACAUUUCUAAGUUUUGUCUGGUGGAAGGAUUAUUUUGGCAAAUGAGAAAUGUUCAGGGAAGUCAACAUAUAUGUUCACAAUUUGAGAGGAAUAAGCAUUAUGUUCGUUUGGAAAAUGUCUGGGAUAUUUGAUUUAUCUCAUUAAACAUGUGACCAACA